AUGCCGCCGUCCAAGACAAAAACCAUCAAGAACAAGCACGCGGCGAAUAAGUCCGGCAUCAAAAACAGCAAGACGGAAUCAAAGCGCCCCGUCCAGGAUGGCAUCGUUAGGAAAUCGAGAGACACCCCCAAGGGAACCAAGCCGCUAAAGGGCAAGGGAAAGUCUGGACUCGAAGCCCUGUUGAAGAAGCGCAAGAAGAAGGUCUACACUGAGGCGGAGCUCGACAUUCCCAAGCUGAACACUAUCGUUCCUGCGGGCGUGCAGAAGCCCAAGGGCAAGAAGAAGGGCAAGGUCUUUGUCGAUGACAGGGAGAGCAUGAACACCAUUCUUGCUAUCGUCCAGGCCGAGAAGGAGGGACAGAUCGAGUCUAAGAUGAUUAAGGCAAGACAGAUGGAGCAGAUCCGUGAAGCCCGCCGGAUAGAGGCCGAGAAGAAGGAGGAGGAGAAGAAGUCAAAGUUGGAGGACACCAAGGACGCCCUGCGCAAGAAGCGCAAGCGCAACGCCAACGCGGACAACGAGAACAACAUCAACGAUGUUGCCAUCACCGGAUCCAAGGCCACCAAGCCCAAGAAGAAGAAGAGCGUGUCCUUUGCGUAA